CUGGGGGGAGCCGCAGGCCAGGCUGGCUGGCGCAUGCCCUGCACCCGCGCAGGCGGCAGCUCUAACUUGGCCAGAACCCCCUUUCCCACCACCUCGGCCCUGGAAUUUCCUUCUUCCUGCCCUCGUUGGUGCCCAAGACAGUCACCAUGGAGAAUGAGCAGCUGCAGGUCCCGCCUCCUUCCAGCAGCACCAGGAGCACCAGCACGGCCAGCAGCACCAGCAGCAGCAGCAGCAACGGGCGCCAGUCAGGGCCCCAGAUCUCUGUGUACAGCGGGAUCCCAGACCGCCAGACUGUGCAGGUGAUCCAGCAGGCCUUGCACCGGCAGCCCAGCACGGCCGCGCAGUACCUGCAGCAGAUGUACGCGGCGCAGCAGCAGCACCUAAGCAGCGCCCAGCUCCAGAGCCUGGCGGCCGUGCAACAGGCGAGUCUGGCUGCUAAUAGGCAGGGCGGCUCCUCUGGCAAUGCCCCCCCGCAGACGCCAUCCCAGCAGCCCACGAUAAACCUGGCCCCCUCCCCUGCCGCUGCCCAGCUGAUCAACCGAGCUCAGAGCGUGAACUCUGCCGCCGCCUCGGGCAUCGCCCAGCAGGCUGUGCUCCUGGGGAAUGCCACCUCCCCCGCCCUGACGGCCAGCCAGGCCCAGAUGUACCUCCGGGCCCAGAUGGUGCAAAAUUUGGCCCUAAGAGCCCAGCAGACAGUAGCACAAGGAAUGGCUGCUUCCCAAGCCCAGCAGCUCCCUGCCCUGGCCAUGAAGCCAGCUCCGAGCAGCAGCCAGCCGGUCUCCAGCACGUCCCAGGGCAAGGCCGCGGGGCCGGCUCCCGCUGCAGGCACCAAGGGCAGCCAGGCGGAGCAGGCAGCAGAGCACCUUAAGAAGGGCGAUGGCAGCAUGCCCACCAGUGCGGACUGCCGAGGGCACCCCAUGAGCCGGACGGUGACACCGGUGACCACCCACCCCCUCAUUGCCCCAGGUAAGGUCCUUGGCAUCCUGGUCGAGCGGCAAAUCUCAUCAGUGGGCUGUGCUAGGUGGAGCCUGGAGGCCAUCCUGGUGCAGACGGUCUACGACAACAAGAUGGCGAGCGUGGGGCUCAGCGACAUCGCCAUGGACACCACCACCACGGAGCUCACCGGCCAGGGCGUGGCCCGGGGGGUGGAGGAGUGCAGCCCGCCGCCCCCGCCCACCCCCAGCCUGGCGGUGCAGCCCAGCCCGCAAGCUCAGGGCCAGCUUCAGAGCCAUGCCGCCCCCCAGGGCCCAGCCCCCCUGCCCCACCCGCCGCAGUGCCAGGCUUCCAGUCAGCACAAACCCGGUGCCAACCAGCCGUCUCUGCAGGUCUCUGGGCUCCAAGCCAUGGGGCCAGCCCAGCCAGUGCCUGAGGGCGGGCCUCAGAAUGGACACCCUGGGGACCUGACCCACGCCCCACAGCGCAAGUUCCAGCAUGCCUCCGCCGUGAUCCUGCAGCUCCAGCCAGCCCUGGGCACGCCUCAGCUCGGCGCCCAGGAGCAUGCAAGGAAGGAUGGCCUUCCCGCUGACAAGAACCUGGAACGCCUGCCAGCUCAGCCGCCACAGGCUGCCCUGUCGCCCCCAGCUGCGCCCCUGGACCCAGAGGUCUCUGAGGGCAACAGGCCCCCUACUCAUGAGCCGGGACAGGACUGUGUUCAUGUGCAGAACGACCCCAGCAGCCCCGGCAUGACAUCAGGGAACGGAAACUCUGCCUCUACCGUCGCUGGCACUGCCCCCCAGAAUGGUGAGAAUAAACCACCCCAGGCCAUUGUGAAACCCCAAGUCCUGACGCAUGUUAUCGAAGGGUUUGUGAUCCAGGAGGGGGCCGAGCCGUUCCCGGUGGGGCGCUCGUCACUGCUUGUGGGGAAUCUCAAGAAGAAGUAUGCUCAGGGCCUCUUGGCCGAGAAACUCCCGCAGCAGGACAAUACGACCACCACUGACUCAGAAAUGGAGGAGCCCUACCUGCAAGGUAGGCCCUGGCCGGCCCCAUGCCGCUCGUCACGCUACCUCACCCGCUCCUGGCUCCCCGGCAGGUACAACGUGGGGUGCACGAAGCGGGUGGGGCUCUUCCACCCCGACCGCAGCAAGCUGCAGAAACCGGGAGGGGCCGCGCACGGGCGCCGCCGGGCUUGCAAGGCAGCCUUACCCGUCCUCAGCAAAGACAGGGAUCACGGUCUGGGCCCACGCUCACGGCCUGGCUGGCUCCUUGCAGGCUGCCAGGAGAUCGCGGAGGAGUUCCGUGCCCAGGAGAUCGACGGGCAGGCCCUGCUGCUGCUGAAGGAGGAUCACCUCAUGAGCGCCAUGAACAUCAAGCUGGGCCCGGCGCUGAAGAUCUACGCCCGCAUCAGCAUGCUCAAGGACUCCUAGAGGCGCGGCCCGGACAGCCCUGUGGGAG